UAUUAUUCGUUUUAAAAGUAUUACUCGUGGAAAUUAGUCACAAUGACUGCAACUUCGGUAUCCCCGGCUCCGGUUGAAGAGAAAGUUCCGGCGAAGGUCGAUUCACCUAAGAAAGUUGCUGCCAAGAAACCAGCAACUAAAGCAACUCAUCCAAGUGCUGCUGACAUGGUUACUGCCGCUAUUAAAACUCUUGGUGAACGUGGUGGAUCAUCCCUUCAAGCCAUCAAGAAGUACAUCGCUGCGACCUACAAGGUUGAUGUUGAAAAACAAGCACCGUUCAUCAAAAAGUUUCUUAAGGCAGCUGUCAUUAAGGGAACUCUGGUUCAAACAAAAGGAAAAGGUGCUUCUGGAUCAUUCAAACUUCCAGUAGAGAAAGCAGCCUCGAAGCCAAAAGCUGCUGCAAAGAAAGCUGCCGCUCCUAAAAAACCUGCAGCUGCUAAGAAACCAGUAGCCAAGAAGGCAACCGGUGAAACCAAAGUUGCUAAGAAACCUGCAUCGCCUAAAAAGGCACCAGCUAAGAAAUCUGAGCCAAAGAAACCAGCUGCUAAAGCUCUACCAAAAACUAAAGCCGCCGCUUCUCCAAAAGCUAAGAGAGUUGCCAAGGGUCCAACAGCUAAACCCAAAUCGCCGAAACCUAAGAAAGCUGCCGCACCAAAAACAACAAAAGGUCCAGCUAAGAAAACCUCAACAGCCAAAAAAUAAAUUCUCACUCAUACAUUCUUAGGGAUGUUUGAUUAUUAGAUACUCGAUAUACAUUAUACAUAUAUAAGAAACAAAACCAACGGUCCUUUUCAGGACCACCCAAAU